UCAGAGUCCAAACAUUCAGUUACAUACAUAUACAUCCCUAAUUAAUUAAAUAUUCCAGCUAUGUUUAAUUUGUCCAUCAAAUAAACUAAGUUGUCAAGUCACAAAGCAUUAUCAGAUGAUCAUCAGUUAUCCUUCCAUUUUUGGCUAUAAAAAUGGGCAUCGUUGCUUCCCAUUUCUAGGCGUGUGCUUCACACACUCUCUCUCCCUCUUCUUCCAAAGCUCCAAGCUCGAUCGAUCUCGCCAUGGCGAUGCAGAUGAACUCGGUAGUGCACGUGUCCACCUCGCCGUCGCCGUCGCCGGCGACGUCUCCUCCUCCAGAAGGUAAGCAAGAACACGGCGAGGUGGCGGCCGUCCAUGUCGUCGGCGUCGGCGACGACGAGGCGGUGAUGGUGGUGAAGGAUGAAGAGGCGUUUGGCGGCGGCGGCGUGGACUACUCCGGCCGCGCGCAGUGGCUCCGCGCGGCGGUUCUGGGCGCCAACGACGGGCUGGUGUCCGUGGCGUCGCUGAUGAUCGGCGUCGGCGCGGUGAGCGAGUCGGGCAGGGCGAUGCUGGUCUCCGGCGUCGCCGGCCUCGUCGCCGGCGCGUGCAGCAUGGCCAUCGGGGAGUUCGUGUCCGUGUACGCGCAGUACGACAUCGAGGUGGCGGCGGCCCGGCGCAGGAGGAGGCAACGCCGCCGACGCUGCGACGGCGACGGCGAGGAGGAGGGGAGCGGCCGGCUUCCGAGCCCGUUCAAGGCGGCGGCGGCGUCGGCGCUGGCGUUCACGGUGGGCGCGCUGCUGCCGCUGCUGGCCGGCGGGUUCGUCCGCCCCUGGGCCCCGCGCGUCGCCGCCGUGUGCGCCGCCACCUCGGCCGCCCUCGCCGGGUUCGGGGCGCUUGGCGCGGCGCUCGGCGGCGCGAGCCCGGCGAGGUCGGCGGCCAGGGUGCUUCUCGGCGGGUGGGCCGCCAUGGCCGCGUGCUACGGCGUGCUCAGGCUCUUCGCAAACUUGUACUAAAAUAUUAUUAUUGUGUCGACACAUUUUCUUCUCGAUUGCACUCAGAUUUGUAUGGUGUUUGA